CUCUGCCACUCUCGCUCCGAGGUCCCCGCGCCAGAGACGCAGCCGCGCUCCCACCACCCACACCCACCGCGCCCUCGUUCGCCUCUUCUCCGGGAGCCAGUCCGCGCCACCGCCGCCGCCCAGCCCAUCGCCACCCUCCGCAGCCAUGUCCACCAGGUCCGUGUCCUCGUCCUCCUACCGCAGGAUGUUCGGCGGCCCGGGCACCGCGAGCCGGCCGAGCUCCAGCCGGAGCUACGUGACUACGUCCACCCGCACCUACAGCCUGGGCAGCGCGCUGCGCCCCAGCACCAGCCGCAGCCUCUAUGCCUCGUCCCCGGGCGGCGUGUAUGCCACGCGCUCCUCUGCCGUGCGCCUGCGGAGCAGCGUGCCCGGGGUGCGGCUCCUGCAGGACUCGGUGGACUUCUCGCUGGCCGACGCCAUCAACACCGAGUUCAAGAACACCCGCACCAACGAGAAGGUGGAGCUGCAGGAGCUGAAUGACCGCUUCGCCAACUACAUCGACAAGGUGCGCUUCCUGGAGCAGCAGAAUAAGAUCCUGCUGGCCGAGCUCGAGCAGCUCAAGGGCCAGGGCAAGUCGCGCCUGGGGGACCUCUACGAGGAGGAGAUGCGGGAGCUGCGCCGGCAGGUGGACCAGCUAACCAACGACAAAGCCCGCGUCGAGGUGGAGCGCGACAACCUGGCCGAGGACAUCAUGCGCCUCCGGGAGAAAUUGCAGGAGGAGAUGCUUCAGAGAGAGGAAGCCGAAAACACCCUGCAGUCUUUCAGACAGGAUGUUGACAAUGCGUCUCUGGCACGUCUUGACCUUGAACGCAAAGUGGAAUCUUUGCAAGAAGAGAUUGCCUUUUUGAAGAAACUCCACGAAGAGGAAAUCCAGGAGCUGCAGGCUCAGAUUCAGGAACAGCAUGUCCAAAUCGAUGUGGAUGUUUCCAAGCCUGACCUCACGGCUGCCCUGCGUGAUGUACGUCAGCAAUAUGAAAGUGUGGCUGCCAAGAACCUGCAGGAGGCAGAAGAAUGGUACAAAUCCAAGUUUGCUGACCUCUCUGAGGCUGCCAACCGGAACAAUGACGCCCUGCGCCAGGCAAAGCAGGAGUCCACUGAGUACCGGAGACAGGUGCAGUCCCUCACCUGUGAAGUGGAUGCCCUUAAAGGAACUAAUGAGUCCCUGGAACGCCAGAUGCGUGAAAUGGAAGAGAACUUUGCCGUUGAAGCUGCUAACUACCAAGACACUAUUGGCCGCCUGCAGGAUGAGAUUCAGAAUAUGAAGGAGGAAAUGGCUCGUCACCUUCGUGAAUAUCAAGACCUGCUCAAUGUUAAGAUGGCCCUUGACAUUGAGAUUGCCACCUACAGGAAGCUGCUGGAAGGCGAGGAGAGCAGGAUUUCUCUGCCUCUUCCAAACUUUUCCUCCCUGAACCUGAGGGAAACUAAUCUGGAUUCACUCCCUCUGGUUGAUACCCACUCAAAAAGGACACUUCUGAUUAAGACGGUUGAAACUAGAGAUGGACAGGUUAUCAACGAAACUUCUCAGCAUCACGAUGACCUUGAAUAAAAAUUGCACACACUCAGUGCAGCAAUAUAUUACCAGCAAGAAUAAAGAAGAAAUCCAUAUCUUAAAGAAACAGCUUUCAAGUGCCUUUCUGCAGUUUUUCAGGAGCGCAAGAUAGAUUUGGAAUAGGAAUAAGCUCUAGUUCUUAACAACCGACACUCCUACAAGAUUUAGAAAAAAGUUUACAACAUAAUCUAGUUUACAGAAAAAUCUUGUGCUAGAAUACUUUUUAAAAGGUAUUUUGAAUACCAUUAAAACUGCUUUUUUUUUUCUCCAGCAAGUAUCCAACCAACUUGUUUCUGCUUCAAUAAAUCUUUGGAAAAACUC